GUGCAGUAGUUGUUUGUACAUGCCCAGCAUUCGUUCUGAUAAUAGCUGCUGACUGAACACUCCCACCAAACUGUGUGUAUAAAAAGAGAAAUCAGUGGUGAUAAGUUUUAACAACUGGACACUUCUUCAAAGGAACUUCCCCUUAUUGGCAGAGCAUUCCAGACUUUGAAGAUUGAAAAUGGUGGAAUAUAUAGUGACUGUACACACUGGCUUUCUUGCCAGUGGCAGCACUAUAAACAAUAUCAACAUUAAGCUGGUGGGCACAGAUGGAGAGAGCGACCACACAUGGCUCACGCCCUGGAAAAUAGCUUUAACCUUCGUGAAGGGACUAAGCUUUUACGUGUCCUGCCCCACCUCCCUUGGAAAGCUGGUGCUGAUCGAACUAGACAAACAGCGUCUCCCUCUGUUCCCAGACGACGCUUGGUUCCCUGCCAAGGUAGAAGUGAAAUCCCCUGAAGGAGAAAUCUACAACUUUCCCAUCUACCGCUGGAUCACUGACAACGAAGUGCACCAAUUCAGGGAGGGAACAGCUCUGAGAGUCUUUGACGACACCCAUCAUCUUGGCAGGUACAGUCGACAGCAGGAGCUGAAGCAGCGUGAGGAAGAGUAUCGCUGGGAUGCGUAUAUGGAGGGAAUACCCCACGGCAUUAAGGCAGAAGACCUUUCUUCACUGCCUUGUGAGGUCCGCUUCUCCUUCACCAAGGAAACAGAGUUUGCCUUCACAGCAUCCAUAGGAAUGACAGAGCUAGAGCUGAAAGGACUGUCAGCUUCUGAGGAGCCAUGGACUAAUGUUGAUGACAUCAGUCAGGUGUUUUACAACAAAUGGACUCCCGUAUCAGAGUAUACUCAGCAACACUGGAAGGAGGAUGCUUUCUUUGGUUACCAGUAUCUAAAUGGUGUCAACCCCGUAUUGAUCCAACGCUGUAAAGUCCUGCCUGGAAACUUUCCCAUUACUGCUGACAAGAUCUUCCUCCAUGGUCACUGUAAACUGACUGACGAAAUGCAGAAAGGCAACAUAUAUCUGUGUGACUACAAGCGUUUGGGUGGACUGCAAGCAAACACCAUCAAUGGGAAGAAGCAGUACUUGAUGGCUCCCCUCGUUCUGCUCCAGAAAACUCCUGAUGAUAAGCUGAUGCCAAUUGCCAUUCAGCUGAAGCAGAAUCCAGCAGAUGACAACCCGAUCUUCUAUCCUACUGACUCUGAGUACGACUGGUUGACGGCAAAGAUUUUUGUGAGAAGUGCGGAUUUCAACGAGCAUCAGCUCAACGUUCACCUGCUGCGCACCCACUUACUGGCAGAAGUUUUUGCAGUGUCGCUGCUGCGCAAUGUGCCCAUGAUUCAUCCUCUGUACAAGCUUCUCAUCCCUCACACUCGCUACACUCUGCACAUCAACAUCUUAGCUCGGCUUCGUCUAUUUUCUGAGACUGGAGUUUUCACUCAGUUUGCAUCUUCUGGUGGAGAGGCUAUGACGACGUUCCUGAAAAGAUCUCUGUCUGAGAUGACCUACACCUCCCUCUGUAUACCAGAUGACAUUGCAGAGCGCGGUGUGGAGGAUGUGCCAAACUACUACUACAGAGAUGAUGGACUCAAGCUGUGGGACAUCAUCUACAAGUUUGUGGAGGGGAUCCUUGGCCACUACUACAAGAGUGAUGCUGAAGUCCAGCAAGACACUGAACUGCAGAAGUGGACUUCAGACAUUUUUGAACAUGGAUUCCUGUCCCAAGCAAACACAGGGAUUCCACAGAGCCUCACCACUGUAGCCCAGAUGGUCAAGUUUGUUACCAUGAUGAUCUUCACAUGCUCUGGCCAGCACUCAGCUGUGAACAGUGGACAGUAUGACUACAGUGGCUGGAUGCCCAACACACCCACCUCCCUGCAACUUCCCCCACCAACCAGAAAGGGGACGACAAGCGAGGCCACGAUGCUGCAGACGCUCCCUGACAUUAACGCAACAGCUCACGGUUUGGCAGCCAUUUGGCUACUCAGCAAGCAGUCCAGCGACUUCGUCGCUCUUGGCCAGUACCCCGACGACCAUUUCAGUGAGGAGGUUCCCUGCAAGAUGAUACAGAGCUUUCAAGGAGAGCUGGAAGUGUUGAGCGAAUUCAUCAAAGCCAGAAACAAGGGUUUGGAGGUGCCAUACACAUACAUGGAUCCGAAGGAGAUAGAAAAUAGUGUGGCCAUUUAAACACUAGAAGGUGUGACUCCUGUGAAAGUGACCAAUUUCAGCUUCAUACUAAAGAAACGGGCCACAGAGGAGGAACUGUAUGUUGUCAUUUUAACUGAUACUAAGCCACUGUUCAUGAUCCUUGCAUGCUGAUAUGUAUUUUGUAGGCAGGCUCAUAGAUUUAGCUGCAGUAAAAAAAUAUUGCUUCACCUCAUAAUCCCAAAUCCUCCUCUUAGUUGAUCACUGAAUGUGGUAAACAUGGCACUGCUGGCAGAAAUCAGAUGUGAAAUACAGGAUGUGAAUCUGCAGUAUUAAGAAGUGUUUUUUUGCAAUGAUAUUUUUUUUGUGAGGAAACUUUGCAUUUUUAUUCAAUACUUUCUGUGAUACAUGUUUGUUCUCUUAUAGCAGGGGUGUCAAACUCAUUUUAGUUCAGGGGCCACAUUCAGCCCAAUUUGAUCUCCAGUGGGCCGGACCAGUAAAAUCAGAGCAUAAUAACCUAUAAAUAACCACAACUCCAAAUCUUUCCUUUGUUUUAGUGCAAAAAAGUGCAUUCUGAAAAUGUUCAUAUUUAAUGAAUUAUCUUUUUACCAAACUUUAUGAACAACCUGAAAUUUCUGAAGAAAAAUAAAUUCAAUUUCAACAAUAUUAUGCCUCAGUUGAUCAUUACAGCUUACAGAUCACAGUUUAUCAAAAAAAAAAAAAACAUUUAGUCACAGGUAUCUGGAACUGAAUGAUUUAGUAUUUUACUUUAUGUAGAGAUGAAAGUGGCUGUUGGCAAAAAACCCUGAAAAUUUUUUUUCUAAGCAACUUUGCCAAGUGAGCGCCGAUGGUGCUCCAAGAGGCUGCCGAAGGCAGCCUUAUGCGAGUGCCGAAUAAUAAAUUAUAAUAGUGUCAUUGUUACAAUUAAAUUAACAUAGCAUUAUAGUCUUUAUUAACAAUAAGAAUAUAUAUAAAAAAUUAAAAUGACCACGCAAUAUUCAAUGAAGAUAAAAAUUUAAAAAUGACCAAACAAUAUAGAUCUUCAAUGGAGUCUAUCUUAUCAAAAGCAUGCACAAAUGAUAUCUAUUCACUCAAAAAAAAAUGAAAAAAUUGAGGUCUAUCUAUUUUUGUAAAAUUAAAAAAAAAAGUUCCUAGUUUGUCUAAUUUCCUGAUAUAUUCAGACAAGAAAUUGUCGUUCGUAUCUUUCUUUUCUAAAACAUGCACAAAUAAUAUUCAUUCAAAAAAAAAAAAGAAAAAAAAUAUUCUAAGUCCUGACCUGAAAAAAAUUUCGGCAGAACUUCCCCUAAGGGCCAAGCCCAGAAUUUCAUAACCCCCUUCCCUCAUUAAAAGAAUAGCACAAAACUGUGAAAAUGUUAAUAAAAAUGCGGAAACAUUCCUGUUAACAUGUUCAGUAAUGUAAACUAUUCAGUAGUUUAGUACCCCAUAUUUCAUAUAUUAAUCAUUUCAUACUCUAGUCUAGAUGUGUCACUAAUCUAUUAUAAGGAUUAUAUUAUAAUAUCAUUAAGACAGGAACCUUAAGACACAGUAAACCAUCAAUAUAUUGAUAUCUAUUUUUGUAAAAUUUAAAAAAACGUACCUGGUUUGUCUAAUUUCCUGAUAUAUUCAGACAAGAAAUCGCCGUUCGUAUCUUUCUCUUUUAACCACGACCACCGGAACGCGUUCUUGACUGUCGCGUCUAUAGCAUGCACGUCAGCGUGCCUGUCUACCUGUUUAAACAUUGUCCUGACAGGUACGGGUCAUUACAUUUACACAAAAGCAAAGGUCGUCUAUUCAAUGAGCGCUAUUCAAUGAUUAAUCUCUCCUUUGUACUCAAAACUGGCGCUAUUCAGUGCAUCCGCUCUCGCAAAUUCUCGCAGCAAUGUAUUCAGCACUAGAUUGGAAUCGCGUCAAUGAACGAGAUUCAAAAUGGCUGCCUCCGUACAGGAAUAUAAACAACAAACAACGCAUUAGCGAUAAGAAUAAGAUUUUCAAAAAGAAUACUAUCAAUCAAAUUCUGAUUUUCACUGAAAACUUCAAUCAAUUUUCCCAGAUUCCCAGAAAUGGACUCACAAAAUUUGAAAUCCCGGAUUUCCGGGAAAACCCGGAAAACUUUCAUCUCUGUUUAUGAUCAAAACGACAAGUCAGACAAAAAAAAUAACAAAAACGAGGCAAAAUAUUACACAAAUGAGACACAAAAUGACAAAAAAUGAGACAAAUGACAAAACAAAAAAAGACAAAAAAUUUGACAAAAAAGUUAAAAAGUAACAAAAAAUAGACAAAUGACACAAAUUAGGCAAAAAAUGACAAAAGCAAGAAACAAAAUGACAAAAAAUUGACAAACAACACAAGCAAGAUAAAAAAAACCACAAAACACCAAAGAUGACACACAAAACAACAAAAACUUUCGCAACAUUUUGCGAAACGCAAAAUGAGAAAAAUAAGACAAAAAACACACGCAAGACAAAAAGGAAAAACACAAAAUGACAAAAUAAACAAAACUACAAAAACAUGAGACAAAUGACAAAAAUCUGACAAAAAAAACUACAAAAACAAGAUAAAAUAUUACAAAAAUGAGACACAAAAUGGCAAAAGAACAAUGACCAAUCUAGCAUUUUACUGUAUAAUCAGAACAACUUCUCAAGGUCUAGAAAUUAUUUUAAAUUUAUAGUUUUACAAAUUUAAAAUUUGCAGUUAACAUCUCUGUAAUUUUUGCACUUUACAAAGUCUUUCUGUGAGCUGGAUUGGACCCUCUGGGGGGCUGUUUUUGGCCCGCGGGCCGCAUGUUUGACACCCUUGUCACAUAGCAUGGCACUAAUAAACUGAGCUAAACUUUGA